CAAAACUUGGAAAUUUCCACGGAACAACCAAAGAAAAAAAACAAAAAAAGAGCGUUGUUUACCAUCUAUGCGGAAUCAUAAUCGAAUAUCCUGAGUUAAUUCAAUCAAUUCAUUCCACCCAUUUGUUCUUCAUAAGCGAUGCAACCAACAAAAAAAAAAAAAAAAAACCCCUAAUAAUCACCCCAAAAAUUAAAAUAAAGCUUUAUCCAUGAACAAGACACUCUUUGUUCACCUUGUACCUCUCGCUAAUCGUACUUGUACCUUGUUUCAUAUUUUCCUUUUUAUUUUUUUAUUUUUUAUCUUUUAUCCUAGUUGUAUGUAUGCUUGUUUGCCUAUAAAAAUCUGGUUCAACCGCUCAUAGUUAAAGCUUCGAAAACCCAGAAACAAAAAAAAAGCAAAAAAAGAAAAAGAAAACCUUUUUUUUUUUUUUUUUUUCUGUCGUUGACUUGUUUCUGAGCUUCCGUUUCUUCAUCGAUGGAAGGAGAAGCAGGUGGGUCCAUCACGUGCGGUUCAUGGAUCCGGAGACCCGAAAACGUCAACUUGGUCGUGUUGGGUCGGUCAAUGACCCGACCGGGUUCUUCUUCCUCUUCUUCUUCGGCUAUCGAGAUUUUCUCUUUUGAUCCCAAGACAACUUCACUCUCUUCAUCUCCACUGGCUAGGCAUGAGCUUGAAGAAAGUGAUGGUGAUCCAAUAACCAUUGCAGUGCACCCAAGUGGAGAUGAUUUUGUUUGUUCUACCACUAAUGGAGGCUGCAAGUUGUUUGAGUUGUAUGGUCAGGAGACAAAUUUAAAGCUGUUUGUCAAAGAUUUACCUCCUCUCCAAGACGCUGGUCCACAGAAAUGCCUAGCUUUCAGUGUUGAUGGUUCCAGAUUUGCCACUGGUGGGGUGGAUGGGCAUCUUAGAAUCUUGGAAUGGCCAAGCCUGCGCGUCAUUGUAGAUGAAGUAAGAGCACAUAAAUCCUUUCGGGAUAUGGAUUUUAGCUUAGAUUCAGAGUUCUUAGCUUCAACAUCUACUGAUGGUUCAGCAAGAAUAUGGAAGGCGGAAGAUGGUGUUCCUUUGAUGACUUUGGCUCGCAACUCGGAUGAAAAGAUCGAAUUAUGUCGGUUCUCCAAGGAUGGGACAAAACCAUUUUUGUUUUGUACUGUUCAGAAGGAUGAUAAAGCAGUUACUGCAGUUUAUGACAUAAGCACGUGGAAUAAAAUUGGGCAUAAGAGGUUACUCAGAAAGUCUGCUUCCAGUAUGUCCGUCAGCCUGGAUGGCAAAUACCUUGCUCUGGGAAGCAAAGAUGGAGACAUCUGUGUGGUUGAAGUAAAGAAAAUGGAGAUCAGCCAUUGGAGCAAGAGGCUACACCUGGGUACAUCCAUUGCAUCACUAGAGUUCUGUCCUGGUCAAAGGGUUGUGCUUACAUCUUCUAGUCAGUGGGGAGCCAUGGUAACAAAAUUAAGUGUUCCUGCAGACUGGAAAGAGUGGCAGAUCUAUUUGCUGCUUUUAGGACUGUUUUUGGCAUCAGCAGUUGCAUUUUACAUAUUCUUUCGGAAUUCUGAUUCAUUUUGGAACUUCCCUCUUGCAAGAGAACAACAAACAAGACCAAAGACAGAUUCACUUUUAGGGGAUGCACAAUCAGAUGAUCCAAAUGUGUGGAAUGCAUUCGGACCUUUAGAUAUGUGAGCAUUUACUUGAUCCAAUCAAUUUGGAGAUACCAUCGAAGUACAAAUCAUCUUGUGCCUAGUAACUUGCUUGUUUUCAACUAUAUUUGUGUCUUUCAAUCGGAUGUUUCACUAAAAUAACUUGUUUAGUAAUUUUUUUAAUCCCCUUGAAUUAUACAGAAAAGGGUCUUUGAUAAUAAUACAUUGAAGAUUUAUCACAUUCAGACUCAGUUACAGCC